GAGCGGCGCGGCUCGCUGGGCCGGUCCGAGCCCCGGCCGCGCUCCAACUCGGUGCCGGGGCUGGCGCAGCCUGCCGAGGCCCCGGAGCUGGAGAGGCCUGAGAGCGUGUGGGACUACACCGAAGACGGCGGCUGGAGGCGCGGUCGCUGGGCCAGCACGCACAGCAUUCGCUCCCAGGAGCCGGAGGACUGCGUUGACACGCUCAGGUACUGGUACCCGGAGGCUUUCGUACGACGCCGCAGCCGCGAGUCGUCGCGCAGUCGCGAGCGCCUACCGGACUGGGACGCCGACCUGGAUGACCUAACUGACGCGCUGAGCGAGCGCCGGCUGCGCACCCACCUGCUGCGCCGCUGGCUGGACGGCGGCGGCGGCGUCGGCGGCGGCAGGCCGGCCUCGCGCUGCCAGUCUGUGUGGGACCUGAGCGACUGGGGCGGGCCGGCGCGCGCCGCCGACGCCCCGCCCAACCCCAACCUGACCCGCCUGCUCGACCAGGAGAUGAAGGAGGCGUUCUUCGAGGACGCGCUGCUGGGGCUGAUGGAGCGGCGCCGGCGGCGCGGCCGCGGCGAGCCCGGCGCGGGGCCGCCGCCGGCGCGCUCGAGGUCACUGCUGGACCUGUGUCGGCCCAGUCACGCGGAGCUGGUCACCACGCACACGUACGACUACGACCGGACGCCGCCCUACCGCUCCAGUCACGUGACCAGCCCGGGAGCCGGGACCAAACCCACAAGGUACCAGCACCAGGGCCGGACUGACCCAUUCCUACCGCCCGGGGGCAGCCUGUCCUACGCUCCGCGCAUGCGCUGUCGGCGAGCGCAGCCGCCCAGCGACGAGCCGGCCGUCGCCGAACAGAUUUACAACGAGUACCAGGAAAAGCUGGUGGAGCGUUUGGACCGGAAGGCAAACGGAUCCCUGAGGCUGAACAAGCCGAAGCGCGAGCUCCCAGCAGAACCACGUGACUUCGGGGUCGUCGAGCAGGUCCGUCAGGAGUUCAUGGGCCGCGUGCAGGAGCGCAAGGACAAGUACGGCGCCGACUGGGACCCACGGGAGCAGGAGCAGGAGCAGAAGCAGGAGCCGGCGCCCGUCAGCUUCAGGAUCGAGGGCACGGCCGACGGCAUCAGCGAAGCCAUCGCGGACGACGUCAAGUACUUGCUGCAGCAGGACGACUCGACUCUGAUUUUGCCCCAGUUCACGGCGAAAUCCCCGCACUCAGGCAAGUGGCGCCCAGGCUCCUCGUCCGCACCGGUGACAUCUGGCGGCCAAAUUUUGAGUGACGCCGCAAAGUCAAGAGCGCCUCCGUCGCCGCCGUCAGAACCCGUCUGGACCCCCAAAGUCGUUCAGAGUCCUUCCACUCAGCGGAAAGAGUUCCGGCCGGUGAACUACGACUCGGACAGCCUGAAACGCCAGCAACGCACGGAGUUGAAGCCGGCGCCGCCACCAUCGGAAAGCUUCGCAUGGACAUCGCCCGAGCCGCCCAUCCCGACAUCUGUUGGUGACCACGGUAACCACGAACCGGACUCCUUCAGGCAGGACCCACGGUCGUCCUCCAGGAACCUUCCGAAGCUGCAGAAUCCUACCGUGACGCUGCUGCAGCAGAACAGGGAGGGCCAUCUGCCCAGGGGCGCCAAGUACCUGCCGCUGGACAGUACACCGCCGCUUGCCGGUCCCAACGAGAAGCGCAAGCUUCUCCCGAAAUCUGUGUACACCAUCAAGCGCGAGUACGAGACCCAGACGGACGGCGCAACGCGCAAGUUCGCCGACCUCGCUCCUCGACCUAUCGAAGGCGUUGGACCCAGGACCCACCAGGGCAUGCCCGUGACGCUGAAGUCGGCGGUCAAGGAGGAGCACCAGCCCGAGUGGUACAAGCUGAUGUACGACAGCCUGCAUCGCGCCAAGCCAGACGGUGUCCGGGUUCUGUACAAAACUAAAGGUCGGUACAACUACCAGGGCGGUGGAUACGCGAGCGAGCCGGAGGCGGGGUACGCCUCGGACACGGGCCGGCGCGCGGCCUUCGGCGGCAGGGACCAGCCGGACGCGGACUUCGGCGUGACGUCAGCGCCGCGUCGGCCGCUGUACCGUAACCAGCCGGGUCGCAUCGAGGACUACCUGCCCGGCAGGUCAUCGCUGGCGGAACGCGAGGCGAAGCAGAGGGCGGCGCGCGCUGUCUCGGCCUCGCACCCCAAGUCGUUCACGCGAGCCGUGCUGGACGGCUACGACUCGGACUCGAACCUGGUGUUCCACCGGCACGAGCGGGAGCCGAUCGCGCCUGAGGAGCAGCGCUCGCUCUACAGUCUGGUCCAGCGCGGCGGAGAGGUGCCUGUUGGAGGUCUGCGCAAGCCCGCCCCGCAGAAGCCCCAAGAGCCGGUGAUUGGUCCCAUCCCGAAGUCGAUGUCCACCAGCGCUAUUCCCGACCGGCCAAUGAUUUCACCGCAUCGCGCGCGCCGUGACGAACGCGACGCGGCUGGCGGCGAGGAGUGGCGCGAGCAACAGGCGCGCCGCCAGCUGGAGGAGGAGCGCCGGCGCCGCUACCUGCAGGAGCUGGAGGAUCUGGAGAGGCGCCGACACGGUGAUUUCUUCACGCCGGCACAGAAGUCUCCGAUCCCGCUCAACCGCUAUGACAACCUCUUCGAUGACGUCACCAUCCGCAGCAGCCGCGGCGGGGACACCAAGAUGGCCGCCAAAGCCCUACACAGCUUCAAACCGAUCAACAGUCGGGAGCUGAGCUUCAGCCGGGGCGACAUCAUCUUCAUUCGGCGCCAGGUGGACCGCAACUGGCUGGAGGGAGAGCUGCAUGGUCGCAUCGGCAUAUUCCCCAUCAACUACGUCGAGGUGGUGCCGAUAGACGGCCAGCGCGGCCAGCCCAAGCUGGGCAACGAGGGCCAGGCGCGUGCCCGCUACGCCUUCCACGCGCAGACACCGGUCGAGCUAUCGCUCAAGAAAGGCGAGCUGGUGACCCUGCUCCGCCGGGUGGACAGCAACUGGUUUGAGGGUCGCCUGGGUCAAAAGGUCGGCAUCUUCCCGGCCAGUUAUGUCGAGGUGCUCGGCAGACCUUUACCGGAGAGGAUCGAGACCAGCGCCAAGCCGGUGGGCACGCCCGCCGCCCACGGACUGACUAGUGGCGCCACAAGCUCGCCUGGUGGCGGCCUGCAGAACCAGCUGCACGUGGACACCAGCCAGCAGGAGCCCAUCCCGUACAAGGCGCUGUACAGCUACUCACCGCAGAACGACGACGAGCUGGAGCUGAGAGACGGAGACGUGGUGUACGUGAUAGAGAUGUGCGAGGACGGAUGGUACGUCGGUACCAAUGGACGCUCUGGAAUGUUCGGCACCUUCCCUGGUAACUACGUGCAGAAGGUGUGAAACUAUCAGCGCCCUGGAUGACCGGGAGCGAGGGCGUCGCAUGGUCUGCCGAAACACCAAAGUGCCUUACAACGCUCGGCUGAGGGCGAGGCGAUCGUGCUGCCAUCUAUAGCCAAACGUCGACGUUGCUGCCGCCACCUGUUGCCUGGGUGUAGAGUUGUGAACUGUUGGACUACGGGCGUGACUAGGACGCGUUUGAUACAUUUAAGAAGAAAGAGACCCACACCCAGUAUCCACCACAGCUGUAGUGCUUUACAAGAGAGUGAAAGUGAUUGCUAUAGUGGAACUCCUCGGCUCUGUGCGUCAGCGAGGUUAAGAGUGUCGAGCUACGUCACGCGGAGGACGUGCGAGCGCGCGGCUCGGCUCGAGCACCGCACCCCGGCGAGCGGUGAACGAGAAGCGCAGCUCGCGACGUGCGGGGCGCCGCCGCGGCCGCCCGCGCGCCCACCUCACCCACCUCACCCACUAGUCACAGCGCCGCCGCCCGCGUCCCACGACUCUAGUCACCGGGCCGCGCCCGCCGCGCCCGCCGCGCCCGCCGCGCUCGCCGCGCCGGUGCCGCAGCUCGCUGGCCCGCUGACACCGGCCGGUAUACGCGGCUGUAUACCGCGCCGAGUGCUGCCGGCGGCGGCUGUAUACCGCACUGAGUGCUGCCGGCAGUGGCUGUAUACCGCACCGCGUGCUGCCGGCGGCGGCGGCGCCGGUGGGCGGCACCGCUCGGCGCUAGUGCUUCCGUUCGGCACAUCCGAGUCAGCUGUAGUGCUUCCAGGCGUUGCCGAAUACACGUGGUGGAGAGGUGGUGGUGGGCUCAAGCUG